AGGCUCACGGUGGCACCGAACGUUGAUAGCUGGCCUCGGGGCUGGUCUUGGUGGUUUGCCCACGGCUUUUGGGCUGGUCCCAGCUUGCUGUUUCUCGCACGUAGUCACAAGCGGGGAAUCUCCGGUACAUCAACUCGACGAUGGUGGCUCGUGGGUGCUUGCGGGCGAUGACUGCUACUUAAUUGAAAAGAUUCCCGGCGUUCUUGCCCGUGAUCAGAGGGGAUGGUCUCGCUUAAGAUCUCUUUGGAUCAUUCAGGAGGUAUGGAGCCAUGGUUUUUCGCAGCCCCGAUAG